GCGCGCGCGGGGCUUGCUGGGAGUGCACGUCCCUGCCGCCGCUCCGCCGGUUUGAACUUGGCGGGCCUGAUGUGGGCGGCGGGGCGCUGGGGGGCUGCUUCGCCCCUUUUUGACACCCGGUUCCCAGCUGGCUGCAGGGCCAGGUCUCGGCCUUCCUCUGGCUCCUUCUCCACCUUCGUGGCGGACGCCCGAGGGCAGGGGCUGGAGACGGUGUUGGUGAGCACGCCAUCUCCGCCGCUGAGCUGCAGCAAUUCCACCACAUCGCUGUUGUCUCCCCUCCGCCACCAGAGCUUCCCGUUCGACGAUGACGAUGGGGACGAAGAAGAUGAAGAAGUGGACGGUGAUGCUCACGACUCCGAGGCCGAGGGGGCGAGCCUGAGAGGAAUGAAGUUACAGGGGUGCGCCAGUGUGGCCAGAUCCAAAGAUAACCAAGAAGAACAGAAACAGGUGCGCUCACCAGCAAGCAGCCUGACCCCAUGGGAAAUGUGGUUUGUUGGCAAAGAAAAAGAAGAACGUGGCCGUCUGCACCAGAAAGCUCUGGAGGAAUUAAAUCAACAGCUAGAAAAAAGAAAAGAAGAGAAAGAACGUGAAAAAAGAAAGAUAAUUGCUGAAGAAAAGCACAAGGAAUGGGUUCAGAAAAAGAACGAACAGAAAAGAAAAGAAAGGGAACAAAAAAUCAGUAAAGAAAUAGAAGAAAAAGCAGCAAAGGAACUGGAGAAAGAACAUUUACAAGAAAAAGCAAAAGAAAAAUAUCAAGAAUGGUUAAAGAAAAAAAAUGCUGAAGAAUGUGAGAGGAAGAGGAAAGAAAAGGAAAAAGAAAAACAACGUCAAGCCGAAUUACAGGAAAAAAAGGAAAUAGCAGAAAAAAAGUUUAAGGAAUGGUUGGAAAAUGCAAAAAAUAAACCUCGUCCCGCUGCAAAGAGCUAUGGUUAUGCCAAUGGAAAACUUACAGGUUUUUACAGUGGAAAUUCUUAUCCAGAACCAGCCUUUUAUAACCCGAUUCCCUGGAAACCAAUUCAUAUGCCUCGUCCCAAAGAAGCUAAGGAUCUGUCAGGAAAGAAGACUAAAAGGCCUGUGAUAAGCCAGCCACACAGGCCUUCGUCCCUGGUAAUCCAUAAAGCUGGAAGCAGUCUUUGCCUUGGAACUCUGUGCAGGGUGCAAAGAUAGCAGACGUGGGAAACUGUACACUUUUACCUGUAGCUAUUUAAUUUUAAAGUCAGAAAUUGGGUUUACUGCUCAGUCAGUAGCUCAACAUUUAAUGUGAUUAUUGACAUGUUCAAAUUUUUGCAUUUAUAUAUGGAGUUCUUAGAGUUAAUUGAAGGUAUUUUAUACAUUUUCAUUUUUGCACAUGCUUUAAGGUUGAUCUUGGCAUAUUGUUUUGAAGGAUAAGUGAUCAAAUAUCUAACAGUUGUAUUUAGCGUGUAUUAAAACCACUGUGAUACCAAUAAAACCAACAGAUUUUUCUGUGU